AAAAAAAAACACAACAGCAUCCGGGAAUCUGCUAGGCACAGGAUCGAGGCGCAAAAUGGCUGCCCUGAACUGAGCCGAAACCGCAGAGCUGGGGGGUCCACAUAAUCUUUAAACCAACUUCCUUAAGCCUGAGAAACAGAACUUCAAGCAAUAGCGGACUCACCCAAAAGCUCCUGUAGCAUUCCUGCCUCUAGUAUUUUAGCUUAAUCUCUGGUGGAAGUGAUACAGAUACAUGUGUUUUCAUGAAGAGAGGGGAGAAGCCCGAGGGAUACAGGCAUAGGCCCAAAACCUUUCCUGCCAGUAACUACACUGGUAGCAGCAAACAAAUGCUAAUUGAAAUCCGUGAGAGCCUCCGUCACCUACCCAAACCAUCUGAUGCUGCCAAAACUGAUCAGGGCGCAGCCAAGGCUGAAGACCCUCGACAAGGCCGGAAUCCUCCCAAGUUCCUCACUUAUCACAAGGCCCUGGCAGAAAUUCGUAACUCGCUACAACCUUUUGCCAAUUCAUCAGGCUUAUCGCAUAGGGCCAGUUUAGAGGUCAACAGACAAAUGCUUCAUGACUUGCAGGCUGCUGGGUUUGACGAGGAGAUGGUUGUCAGAGCUCUUCAACAAACUAAUAGCCGUAGUAUAGAAGCAGCGAUCGAAUACAUCAGCCGGAUGAGCUAUCCAGAGUCUUUUCGAGAACCAAUGAUAGUGUCAAGUUCCAGACCUCUCACCUCUGGUAUGAAACCUCAAGGAAGCAUCCAGCAUUCCGUAAAUCGCAGACAGAGUUGGAAGGGAUCAAAGGAGACAUUAGUCCCUCAGAGGCACAUCUCUCCACUUUCUGAAAGUGUAGUGUAUGGCUCUGAAAACCCUAGCCAGCAAAGUGAGAUUGGAAGGCCUUUGUCUGGUUCAGGUCUUGCAGCCUUUACCCAAGGCCUCCCUGGAAACCCACAGCGAGUAAACCUCCCGCCUCCUCCUCAAAUGAGAAGCGUCACUCCACCACCACCGCCGCCUCCUCCUCCUAGAGGGCAAACUCCACCUCCAAGGGGUACAACUCCUCCAUUGCAAUCUUGGGACCCCAACUCCCAGAACAAGCGAUAUUCAGGUAACAUGGAGUUCAUUAUGUCUCGGAUAUCUCCAGUUCCUCCUGGUGGUUGGCAAGAGGGAUACCCACCUGCUUCAAUGAACUCCACACAAAUGAUGAAUACAUCCUCUCAAGGGCAAAGGGCAAUGAAUCAAGUUCUUGUUGGAAGGCAGCCAAUUAUCAUACAAGGUUCCAACAACAGCAAGUUUGGUUAUGCUGGUAGGGCUGGUGCACAAAAUGGUAAUGGGCAGACAGAAUUCCUUGUCCAUCAAGGAGGUGUUAGUGUAGGGAGCCGUCAGCCACCACCUCCUUACCCUAUGUCUAAUGGUCCGAACAGUGCUUCCAUGCAGAUGCAGGGUAGCGGAGGGCCCAUGUCACCCUCAGCAUACAACAAUGGCAACUUGCCUCAGUCCAUGUUGGUUCCAAACCGAAAUAGCCACAACAUGGAGCUAUACAACAUAGCCAUGCCAAGCCAGCACACCUCGUGGCCCCAACAGUCACCCGGACAGUCACCUUCUGGAAGUGGGCAUGAGAUGCCACCAUGGCAGCCAAACAUCCCUGUUAGGUCCAACUCUUUCAAUAACCCCCUGGCAAGUCGUCCAGUGCAUCCCGCUAACACUCAGCCCUCUGCUACCACUGUUACAGCAAUUACUCCUGCUCCUAUUCAGCAACCUGUGAAGAGCAUGAGGGUGUUAAAGCCAGAACUUCAAACUGCUUUAGCACCGACCCAUCCAUCUUGGAUGGCACAGAGUGUACAGACAGCCCCCUUUCCUGAGCCUGUGGCACAUAGUAGCAAUAUAAUUUCUCCACAACCAGAAGCACCAAAUUAUCAAGGGCCUCCUCCACCAUACCCAAAGCACUUAUUUCCGCCCACUGUCCCUGUGUAUGAUGCAGGACAGAAGUCCAACAAGGAAGAUGCCCCUGCUCCUAAUGGUAACAUUCAAGAAGGAGAGAGGUGUUCUGAGGCAACUUCAGAACCCACAGAGAAGGAAAAGAAACAAAUAACGACAUCACCUGUGCCAGUUAGGAAAAACAAGAAAGAUGAGGAACGCAGAGAGUCUCGAAUUCAGAGCUAUUCACCCCAGGCCUUCAAGUUUUUCAUGGAACAGCAUGUAGAGAACAUAUUAAAAUCUCAUCACCAGCGCCUGCACCGUAAGAAGCAGUUGGAAAAUGAGAUGAUGAGGGUGGGCUUGUCGCAAGAUGCUCAGGACCAGAUGAGAAAGAUGCUUUGUCAGAAGGAAUCCAACUAUAUCCGUCUUAAAAGAGCCAAAAUGGACAAGUCCAUGUUUGUAAAGAUAAAGACCCUUGGCAUCGGAGCCUUUGGGGAGGUUUGCCUGGCUAGAAAGACUGACACCAAUGCUCUUUAUGCAAUGAAGACGCUGAGGAAAAAAGAUGUUCUUCUUCGAAACCAAGUGGCCCACGUGAAAGCAGAGAGAGACAUUCUGGCAGAAGCUGACAAUGAGUGGGUAGUUCGCCUCUACUAUUCCUUCCAAGACAAGGACAACCUGUACUUUGUAAUGGAUUACAUUCCUGGCGGUGACAUGAUGAGUUUGCUGAUACGUAUGGGCGUUUUCCCUGAGGACCUAGCACGCUUUUAUAUUGCAGAGCUUACUUGUGCUGUGGAGAGCGUACACAGGAUGGACUUUAUUCACCGAGAUAUCAAACCUGACAACAUCCUGAUUGACAGGGAUGGCCAUAUCAAGCUUACUGAUUUCGGGCUCUGCACAGGUUUUAGAUGGACUCAUGAUUCAAAGUAUUACCAGAGUGGUGACCAUCUUCGACAAGACAGCAUGGACUUCAGUAAUGAGUGGGGAGAUCCAGCAAACUGUCGUUGCGGGGAUAGACUAAAACCCUUGGAGCUGCGUGCAGCACGCAAACACCAGCGCUGCCUUGCACAUUCUCUGGUUGGAACCCCUAAUUAUAUUGCUCCAGAGGUGCUAUUGCGGACAGGUUAUACGCAACUUUGUGAUUGGUGGAGUGUGGGUGUAAUUCUUUAUGAAAUGCUUGUUGGGCAGCCUCCUUUCCUUGCACAGUCACCAGUGGAAACCCAAAUGAAGGUAAUCAAAUGGCAAAGUACUCUUCACAUUCCCCCUCAAGCUAAACUCUCUCCAGAGGCUUCAGAUCUUAUUGUUAAACUUUGUCGUGGUCCAGAAGAUCGUUUGGGUAAAAAUGGUGUGGAUGAGAUUAAAGCCCACCCAUUCUUUAAAAAUAUAGACUUUUCCAGUGACCUACGUCAACAACCUGCUCUGUAUAUUCCAAAAAUCACUCACCCCACAGAUACCUCCAAUUUUGAUCCUGUGGAUCCUGACAAGUUGUGGAAUGAUGAAGAUAAGGAUGGGAAUAAGAACGAUACUUUGAAUGGAUGGUACAAAAAUGGCAAGCAUCCUGAACAUGCAUUUUAUGAGUUCACUUUUAGGAGGUUCUUUGAUGACAAUGGACACCCAUACAACUGCCCCAAACCAAUUGAAUAUGAUUAUGAUGAUUCUCAGGACACUGAACUCCAACAGGAAGAAAGCCAACAGUCUGGAAAACAACCCCCAAUCAGGGAUCUGGUGUAUGUUUAAAUUAUAUCCAUACAAACAGAUUCACUAGAGUGUAAAAGUUGUCAUUUAGUAAGAAAGUAUGGAAACUCCAGUUAAAGAAUGGUGCGUUCAUUUUAAUGCAUCACUUCCAGUCAUUGCAGUAAUAUGCAAACUUAACACGAAUAAAGCAAUUUUUAAUAAUAUAAA